ACUGCGAUGUCAGUGGAUUGCCUGGGACAGCGCGCAGUACUCUCAGGCCGCCGCUUCCUCUACAUAGUCAACCUGGAUGCACCAAAUGAGGGUCAUCGAAAGAUCUCCCGACAGAGCAAGUGGGACAUUGGGGCAGUGCAGUGGAACCCGCACGACAGCUACGCAUACUACUUUGCAGCUUCGAGCAAUCAGAGAGUUGACCUGUAUAAGUGGAAGGAUGGUAAUGGGGAAGUUUGCACAUCGUUGCAAGGACACACACGUGUGAUCAGCGACUUGGACUGGGCGGUGUUUGAGCCAGACCUGCUGGUCACCAGUUCUGUGGACACAUACAUUUACAUCUGGGACAUCAAAGACACCAGGAAGCCUACAGUCUCCCUCUCUGCAGUUGCUGGAGCUUCCCAGGUGAAAUGGAACAAGAAAAACACCAACUGUUUAGCAACAAGCCACGAUGGGGAUGUCCGGAUAUGGGACAAAAGGAAACCCAGCACUGCAGUAGAGUACUUGGCAGCUCAUCUCUCUAAAAUCCAUGGUCUGGACUGGCAUCCUGACAAUGAGUAUACGCUGGCCACUUCCAGCCAGGACAACUCUGUCCGGUUCUGGGAUUACCGUCAGCCUCGGAAAUACCUCAAUAUUCUUCCCUGCCAGGUUCCUGUCUGGAAGGCAAGAUACACGCCUUUCAGCAAUGGGCUGGUGACAGUGAUGGUCCCCCAACUCCGCCGGGAGAACAGUCUCCUUCUCUGGAAUGUCUUUGACUUGAACACGCCUGUCCACACUUUUAUGGGACAUGAUGAUGUGGUGCUAGAGUUUCAGUGGAGGAAGCAGAAAGAAGGUUCUAAAGACUACCAGCUGGUUACGUGGUCCCGUGAUCAGACUCUGCGGAUGUGGCGGAUUGACUCUCAGCUGCAGAGGCUGUGUGCUAAUGAUAUCCUGGAUGGAGUCGAGGACCUCAUCGAUGGGAUUUCUCAUCUGCCAGAGCCAGACAAGACCCUUCAUCCCCAGGACUCGGAGCCCCAGCAUAAUUCUGGGCAUGGGGAUGAGGAAGCCUUAAAAGAAGAUUUCCUGAAUGACCCCCUGGUGGGAAAGAAAGCGGACCAACUGGGACUGCCUCAAACACUGCAGCAGGAGUUUUCACUCAUCAAUGUGCAGAUCCGAAAUGUCAAUGUGGAGAUGGAUGCGGUGAGUCGUAGCUGUACAGUGUCAGUGCACUGUGGCAACCACAGAGUCAGGAUGCUGGUGAUGUUCCCUGUCCAGUAUCCCAAUAAUGCUGCGCCGUCCUUCCAGUUCAUCAACCCGACCUCGAUCACUGCCUCCAUGAAGGCAAAGCUGCUGAAGAUAUUGAAAGACACUUCUCUGCAGAAAGUGAAGCGGAACCAGAGCUGCCUGGAGCCCUGCCUUCGUCAGCUGGUCUCCUGGCUGGAGUCUGUUGUGAACCAAGAGGACAGCACAUCCAGCAAUCCCUACGCUUUGUCGAACUCCGUAACACCCCCCUUGCCCACGUUUGCCCGGGUCUCCAAUGCCUAUGGCUCCUACCAGGACUCUAACAUCCCAUUUCCGCGGACCUCUGGAGCCAGGUUCUGUGGUGCAGGCUACCUGGUGUAUUUCACGAGACCCAUGACCAUGCACCGUGCAGUGUCCCCGACAGAGCCCACACCCAGGUCCCUGUCAGCUUUAUCAGCGUACCAUAGUGGCCUCAUUACUCCAAUGAAGAUCCGCACAGAGACUCCAGGCAAUCUGCGUUUGUACAGUGGGAGCCCAACACGUAGCGAGAAGGAGCAAGUCUCCAUUAGCUCCUUCUACUACAAAGAGAGGAAAUCAAGGAGGUGGAAAAGCAAACGAGAAGGGACAGAUGCCAACAACCGACCCAUCAAAGCCGCUGGGAAAGUUAUUAUCCAAGAUAUUUCCUGCUUGCUGCCAGUCCACAAGCUGCUGGGAGAGCUCUACAUACUGAAUGUGAAUAAUAUCCAGGAGACUUGCCAGAAGAACGCUGCCUCAGCCUUGGCUGUGGGACGGAGGGAUCUCGUACAGGUCUGGUCACUGGCCAUGGUAGCCACUGAUCUCUGUCUCGGGCCGAAGUCUGACCCAGAUUUGGAGAUACCUUGGGCACAACAUCCAUUUGGUCGUCAAUUACUGGAGUCCUUGCUGGCUCAUUACUCACAGCUCCAUGAUGUGCAGACCCUGGCCAUGCUCUGCAGCGUGUUUGAAGCCCAAUCCAGGCUACAGGGAUGCCCAAACUCCUACGGCCCCUUUCCUCAGCGUGCCUCCAACCUGGCCUCCCACAGCCGAUAUCCCAGCUUUACUUCCUCUGGCUCCUGUUCCAGCAUGUCAGAUCCUGGACUUGGCACUGGAGGCUGGAGCAUAG